ACGCUUAACUGCAGUGAUCGGACGGGAACUGGUGUUUUCGCCUAGGUAUGGCCGUAGACAUCAAAGAAGUUCAUCUAAACAUAUUAAUAUCAAAAAAACAAACAUCAUGUCACAAGCAUACUUGUCUCAAUUGUUUCAUUGUUUUAAUUGUCGUGCUGAUGAAUUUUUCAGCUACAUGGUGAUGACCUAUCUGCUAUUAGACAAAAAAUUUAACAUUUCAUUUCGUCUCUGAUUGUUUCACUCUAUGCUGCUAAACCGUGUAAACAAAACAAUGAGGCAACUUCGGACGUCAUCUCUAAUAUAAGCGAAAUGGCGACGUCAAUGUAAGUAUUUCUAUUUAUUCGCAGGAUGGAUAGUAAAUUUUCUUUGUGAUUUUUUUUAUAUGGGUUCUUAAAUUUCUGAAAUGAUUAACUGGAAUAAAAAAAAAAAAAUACGCUUGUUCAAAAAAGUAGCAAUCAGCAUUCUGUUUACUUGGUCAUUUUUGUAUGCUCGUAUAGGCUAGCUAUUUAUUUCACAGCUAGUUUUAGGUUAAUCUCUAAACAAUGACAUAUAACGAUGUAAACAUGAAGUAUUCCUUCCAUUAGCUGUACUGCAUAAAUAAAAAAAAAACAGCACUCUAUUUGUUCGCUUCCCUACUUUGAAGAAAUUAUCUUUCAUGGUGGGUUUUCAUUAAGCGCAUAUAUCUCUUUAUGAAAUCGAUAGAGUUGCCUUGUAUAGAUCUGUCUGAGGAAAAUACAAAACUUCUUGCUACAUUGGUUGUGGAUGCUUGUAAAGAAUGGGGGUUCUUCACUUUGAAAAACCAUGGGAUUAAGUUGGACGACGUGCAAGUGCUGUUUAAAAAAAGCGAUGACUUUUUCAAUUUACCCACAGAGGAAAAGGAAAAAUAUGUUUAUCAGGUAAAUGCUUCGCCAUCAGGGUAUUCAAGGCAUACUAGCGAACGUUCGUAUCCCGAUGAUUCAAAUACUAAACCUGUAAGGGAAUUUUAUGAUAUAGCAAGAUUUCCUAAUCCAGAUCUUGAAACAAUUAGCCCGGCCUUCCGUGAACGUCUACCCGAACUCAAGAUGUUUCAAAAACAAUGCCAUGAUCUUUCGUUAAGGAUUCUUGAAUUAAUCGCCCUUGCAUUCGAACUUCCACAGGAUUUCUACAGCAAAUGCCAUAGUUCCACUGAAGACUUUGUUCGCUUCAUAAAGUACGUAGUUCCUGAGGGAAAGGAACACAGAGAGGACGAUGUGGAUACUGAUAGUCAUUUUGAUUAUGGCACCAUCUCCCUACUUUUCCAAAGAGAAUAUGGAUGUUUACAGAUUCAACCUCCAAAAUCUCAUGCUACGGUGGAUUGGGUUAGAGUCUCUGUUGACAAAGAGGUGAUUUCUGUCAAUGUCGCAGAUAUGUUGCAUUUCUGGACUGGUGGAAGGGUAAAGAGCAGUAUUCACCAAAUAAGAAUUGAACCGCAUACAAGAGAACGACAAUUGAUUGCUUAUUUCGCUACGCCUGACUUGGAUUGUCCUUUAAAUAGAAUUUCUGAUAAAGAGGAUGGAAAAAAUACAAAGACAAUCACUGCCCGUGAAUAUAAAGAAAAACGAUCGCAACGUCCGUCAUGACCAGUGAGCACCGACUUGUAUGGAGAAAAUACACGAAUCAAAUGUAUCAUGAUAGAUGAUCUUGAUUGCAUCUGCUGAGAUUCCAAAGCCUUUAAUUUUCUUAACCAACUGUUCUUUGGCUUCAGCACCACUUAUCUGAAGUAAAUGGAAGUGUCACUCUAGCACCUCGACGAGCUAGUGUUUCAGCUAUAGUUGCUCCAAUACCUCUUGAAGCUUCGGUGACGAUUGCUACUUUGUUUUGAAUGGGCAAACUGGGUUUCUGACAUGUUGACAACGAUUGUAAUAUACAGUAAAAGGAGUGUUUGCUCAAGAAUAUAUAUAGAUGCCAUUUUACUUUGGCUUUGCUAUCAACAAUUUCAAGUUACUAAUUAAUUCUUUGCUUCUACGCAGUUUCUUUUUUCUUCGUAGAAAGUAGCUAGUAGCAAAGGUAACUUUUUACUUAUACUGGUGACUAACGGUGAAUAUUUACUUUUUUUUAGCGACGUAACUUUUACGUUAUAUGGAUGCCAAAAAUCAGACUCGCCUAUUUGAACUUUAUGAAAACUUUGAUCAAAAGUAUGAUUUCAUACCUUCGGUCUUUACAAAGAGCAAAUGCGGUUCUACUAGGAGUUGGGCAAAUUUACAGACUGCUGAAUCAGAAAACAGUUGGUUCAGUUUUGAUAACAAAAGUUUACACCAUGCUUAUUAUUUCCGCUCUAUAAAGAUUCUCUUAUCGUGAUAGUUAUGAUAAUUAAAACAAAACACCUAUCUAUCGUGGCAUUUAGACGUUUUCACUUAACUACAAGUGGUCGGACGGGAACUGUGUUGUCGUCGCCUAGGUAUAUUUUGUAGAAUACAAUUCUUAUGAAAGCUUUAUUGAAAAUAUAGAUUGCCUUAAAAAAGUUUCAUAUGUUAACGCUUGGAUCUUUCAAUGACUUGGUAGUAGAGGGUAACCGAGCAUACCUCCUUGCUUAGCUUCGCACUGGCCAAUCCUGGUUGGUGAUACACACACACAAUUUUGAAUAGAUUCAGCAAGCAUUGCACGAGUGAGGUUGGAGAGACAAGAACUGCAGUAAAGGUCGUAGUUGAUUAUCCACAUUUGCGUGAAUUACGGUUACAAAAACUACGGAGUAAAGAUAGAGAAGAUUUUAACAACACUUCCUGCAAGACUUGGAAAAGAAAUUUCUGAAAUCAAUCAAAGAAAAGCAAAGGUAGGGACAAUUAACAGGGAUACUUUAAAUGGUUGUGGCCACACCGUCGCAUUGGCCUUUCUUUUAUUUCAAGCGAGU